AUAGCUCUGAUAAAGGUCCACCAAGCGGACAACUGCUUUCCAUUUGUAAAAAGUAACGCCGCAAUUUAUUCUCGCUUCUCUGCAGCCUCAUGGAACGAGUGAAGCCAGACUAGUGCGUUGACAGUAGAACAUAGCCAACAUGUGAAAGCAGCCAUUACUAAAGGGCAAUCGUCUUGUUCGUCCACCUCAUCGCAUGUGUAUCAGUCAAAAUGAAAAAGCACAUUCGACAAUUUAACAAAAUGAAGUCGCAGAAGAAAUGUAUUAAUGAUACCUUAAAAAUAACACACGUGUAAACUACUUUAUCUUAAAACUGCUUUAGCCUUCUUUGGUUAGUAGACUUGUAGGCUAGCCACUGAACUAGAAAUAUACAUGCUGAAAUAAUCUAGUCGUGCCUAGAGCUUCAGGAAGCAGUGUGACAGCGUCAGCAGCAACCAAACGCAAAUAGCGUACUAGCAGCCAUUCCUACACCAGAACUAAACGGUAACAAAGAAGAAUAACGUCGUGCAAUUUGCACACUUAUUUCGAAAAUAUUCUGCUAAGUUUGGAAAUAUUUUACUGAGCAUGACUCUACCCAGGGAACGUCUGCGCAAGCACAAAUUCACAGACGCAGAGCUGGACAUCCUUUUAGAGGAAGUCACCAGGCACGAGGAUGCGCUGUUUGGUCUCCAGGGCAACUGCCUCACAACGCGGGAGAAGUAUAAGAUCUGGUUCGAGAUCACGGAGAGGGUCUGCUCUGCUUCGGGCAUCCAGCGCACUAUAAAUGACGUGAAACGGCGUUGGCAGGAUUUGAAGCGGCGAACGAAAGCGAAGGUUGUGGAUGCACGGCGCCACGUUCCCCGAGACGGCUCCACUUCCUCUCUGAGCCAGCUACCUGACGACGGGAAAGGCUUUGAUGCUUUCAGCAUUCACACUGUAAUAAAAGACGAGGAGCAAAACUCUACCGCUUGUAAUCUCCCUGAAGAUUUAUUUCUUGAUACAGACUCAGUGUCACCCGAAACAUCCCUACCGUCUGUUGAACCAGAACAAACUCCAUUAAAAGAUCAGCCCUUUGAAGAAACUCCACUCACCUCUGUCCCAACACCACCUCACGCUGAGAUCAACAUCUGUUCUUUUUCUCCAGUUUCUGUCGCACACUCUAAUACCAGUAUUAAAGCUGAAGUUAAUAAAAGAUGUCUCAUUGGCAGUAGAUCAGAGAGCAUGCACAAAAAGGAUUCCCAUACUAGUACCAGGGUGGUAACUUCCUGUCCUGGUUUGAGAGUUCCUGUCAGGGCCCAGACUGUGUCCUGCCCCCGAAGGCCGGCUGUGCUGGGCUCGUUCGAGCAGCAGCUGCUGCGUGCGCACCGGGAGCACACCGCCGCCUUGCGCGAGGGCUUCCGCUCUCUGACACGGCAGAACCGGCUGCUGUACCGUGAGAUGUGUGAGACCAAUAAGAAUGUGGCGCGCAUCGCCUCCCGCAUCGCAGAGAAGAAUGACAGCGUGUCGGACGUGGCCGAGGAGCUGAUGGGCAUCCAGCACAAGAUCAGCGAGAGCAUCGACACCACCAACUGCCUGCAAGACCGAGUGAUCGACCUGCUGGCCUCGUACCAGGAGCGCCCCCUUAUCGUUAUGCCCAACAGCCGGAGGGAUGCCAGGCCAAUGGAGGAAGAUAAUGCUGCGUACAAAGCUGACCAUUAAUUAUUUAUGUAUCUUAUGUAUAUACUGUAAAAACUCUUAAAACUAUAUGGAUUGCAAUGUGGUACCCCAGCACUUUUAUGCCAGUAUUUUAUUAUAUCAAAACCUUAUAAAUAACUGUUACAAAGUGUGUCCACAAAACAAAUACAUAUUUUGACACCCACAAAUGUCACUCCUGUAAUUUGGCUUACUUUGAAGUUGUAUUUAUCCUCUGUCGGGUUAUUUGAUAAAACUGCAAGGCAUCCAUAGAAACCUAAAGUAGAGCUAUCAAGAAGAAUUUUCCCAGACAAAGAGGAGAUUUCGUGAGGAUCAAAAAGACAAUGUGAGUCAGUUUGAUAAAUACAUAAAUUUUAGAAACUUGGGAAGUACCGGGAUGUUAGGUUGAGCACCAUGAUACAACAUGCUGAUGCACUGAAAAGAGUCACAAAAACUAUCUGCUAAAAUAAUUCAUGACGGUGCAUUCUCUGCAGGACAGAAACACCAGAGCACUUUCAUUUAUAAGAGAAUAAUAACUAAAUUCUUUUCUAAAAUAGAAAUGUAUAGUUAUGUGUAUUUUACACAAUUUCGAAAGGAAUUAUUAGAUUAUGUCAAACUUAAAAAAUCUGAUUGUUGCCACAAAGCAAAAUUGAAAUCUUAAUUUGCUUCGUAAUAUGCAUUCUAUUGCUAGCUGCUACCAGCUGCAGCUAGGUCAUACCGACAGUGAAAUGUGGUGAUUAUUCAAUGUCAUGCAUCUACUAGGGGUCUUGUUAAAGUCUACAGAACCAUGAACCCCAGCAAGACCAGCACAUAAACCCUUUCUCCAGUGCACAGAAAUCAUCA